GGGCGGAAACGAAGAGGCAACCGACCGAUGGCCGAACAGUACCAAAUCCGUCUGAUGUGGGUACCGCAUUUGUCGGCAUGACCGGUUGCUCUCGGACACACCUCAAGUUUUGCAGAGCUCACACACAGCCUCACGAUCCCCAACAGCCAUCUAACUCUACUAAGCGUCAAGCGGGUGGCCAGCCGAGCAACCAUCUGCGCUUUGAACUCAUCAUCCAUUGACAGAUGCUUUUUUUCCCCGCCAUCUACAGUAGACCAGACAGUUGAGCCACCUCCAUGUGCUACAGUACAAUUGGAAAACCAUGUUUUCUCUGCCGGCCAACCCUCAUUUUGUUGUGGUUUACUCCGCGUACACUUCCCCCAACCUUUGUGCGGCCUGCCUGUGCCGGCCGAAGGGCUCCAGGGUCCAAACAGCACCGCUUAGGAAAGCCGAAGUCAUCAGAGCUGCCAGGAACGGUUAGUUUGCACGCAGGCCAUACGUAAGCUCGGAAUCAAUACGGGAACCAGUCUUGCACUUAGCAGUUGAUUCGGAAGCACCAAUCAUUCCCAAGUGAACCAUGCAAUGCUUCAUUUAUCGGUUCCUGCUUAAGAGAUCCGUUUCACGUACCCCGCAGCUCAGAAACACUGGCCAGGCACCGCAGCAAGCUUAGAUUUGUGCGAUGCAACCAUCUGACCUUGUGAAAAUGAGUCGCGAUAUCAUCAGCUCACGCAGCACUAUACACACAUCGUUGCUUUUCAAUGCGAGAAGGAAAACAUUCGACAAAGAUAUCUCUAUCGUUGUCGACUCAACCACAGGCACCAUUGAGGAUGUCUACCAAAGGGCAGAUGGUAACGAUGUCGUUGUAAACAGACGGGACAUCGACCUUCGGGGGAAAGUUGUGAUGGCUGGGUUCGUCGACGCUCACACGCAUGUGUUUCUGCAUUCAUACGAUGAAGCCUCGUCUACAGUCCAGAUGCGAGACCAAAGCAUCGUGGAGCGAAUCGUUCGUGCCACCAAUCAUCUCCGCGCCGCGCUGCUAUCCGGCUACACUACAUACAGAGAUUUGGGUACCGAAGGGAUGCGGUCGUACGACGCGAACCUCAGAGACUGUGUCAACCGAGGGCUGCUGCCAGGCCCCCGACUGUUUGUCGCCACGGAAUGCCUAGCAAGCACCGGAUCAUACGAAGUCCGUCAUGAGAACACUUUAGCCAAGCUGCCACGCAUCUCGGAUGCUUGUGAUGGACCGGUGGGUGUGAGACAGGCAGUCCGGCGCCGAGUGGGCGAUGGAGCGGAUAUCAUCAAAUUCUACGCUGACUAUCGACGGAAAGUCAUGCGAUUCCCACCGCCUAUCCAGCCACCACGGGCUGCGAUUCCAUUCCUCCCCUCAGAUCCCAACCCGGCGGUGGUCAUGUUCAACCAGGAAGAAAUGGACGAGAUCGUUCGAGAGGCAAAACUGGGCGGGUUACCUGUGGCAUGUCACGCGGGCACAGCAAAGGGUGCGCUCAUGGCCAUUAAGGCAGGAGUCGACACCAUUGAGCAUUGCAACGAGGCGACCGACGAGGUCUUCCGAGAAAUGCGCCGUCGCGGAACCAUCUUCGUCCCUACGCUGGCGGUGUUGCGGAACUCUCCAGACUUUGACAACAUCAGCAAGCGAGUGAAGAGAGCGCACGAUCUUGGUGUACGUCUUGCUGCCGGCGGUGAUACGGGGGCCUUUCCUCACGGAGAAGGUGCUCUGGAGAUGGAGCUUAUGAUCCGGGCUGGAGUUCCCGUGCCGGAUGUAUUGGAAGCAUGUAUCGUUGGCGGGUGGGAGAGCUGCGGCAGGAAGAAGAGCGGCUUCUUGUUCGGUUCGAUCGAGAAAGGGUACCGAGCCGACAUAAUUGCCCUGGAAACGGACCCAAGGACAGACAAGGGCUCUCUGCGGAAGGUCAACUUUGUAAUGAAGGAUGCCAGAGUCUGGAAGAGGGACGGUCGGCCAGUCGACUUCGUUGAGGAGCAUGCGGAGACGAGACCGACCCCCGGCAGCGAGGAGGAGUCUGACUGGGUGCUCAUUUGAAUGUAAUCAUCCGGUUUUCAAAGACUGCAGUCAUUCAAUCGUCGACUUGCAUCAAGCGGUCAUCGAAAAGUAGCCUGGUUGCAUCCUAUUAUCAGACCAUCGCCAACAAGCGGCAAAUACGAACACGAUGCUACGGAGAUGUCACAAUUAACAUAUUUCAACGUUCGGCACUUGCAGCCUCCAAAAAAAUCGCGUAGAGAGAGAGAGGGGGGGCAUCGCGUUCAUUCAACACAGAUUACCAUGAACGACCAGUAUUGGAGACUCGUCGACGCAUAUCGCUUGCCUAAAUGGCACUGUCGAAUCCGCAACCCCAGGCCACCGGCCUACUUCAUUGACUUUGAGCAUUGCAAUAGCCAUCCCAAGAGCCCCAAGUAUCACCGCCAGCUUUCCGCACGGUUCCCGUGGGCUC